GGCUCUACACCGAUCAUUUCUGGUGAGAGCCUCACAGCCUAAACAUUCCAACAACAAUCCACAUUAAAAGAAGUCUCUUGUAUCAGAUUUAUCCUGUGGUCUUGCAUUAAUUUGCACCUAGCAAAAUGCUUGACUACCUCUCCCUUAUCUUUGUCGUUGCCGUCAAAGUUUUCAAAAAAACCACCCCCAAUGGAAAAGUUACGGUUUACCUUGGCAAGCGUGACUUCAUUGAUCACAUUGACUACUGCGACCCAAUCGAUGGAGUUGUGGUCGUUGACACCGACUACCUGAAAGGAAGAAAAGUUUACAGCCAGCUCGUGACCACUUACCGCUAUGGUAGGGAGGAAGAUGAGGUCAUGGGAGUCAAAUUCUCCAAGGAGAUGGUCGUUGGUACGGAACAAGUCGUCCCAAUGGUUAACGCUAAAAUGGAACUUACACCAGUCCAGGAGAAGCUUCUGAAGAAAUUGGGACCCAACGCCUUCCCUUUCACCUUCAACUUCCCCGAAAUGUCACCAAGCUCGGUAACGCUCCAGGCUAACGAUGAUGACCAGGGAAAGCCCAUGGGCGUUGAAUACUGCGUCCGCACCUAUGUAGCUGAGAGCGAGGACCAGAAGAGCCACAAGCGAAGCUCGGUUACCUUGGCGAUCAAGAAGCUUCAACACGCUCCUGCCUCCCGUGGACGACGACUUCCAAGCUCCCUUGUGAGCAAAGGCUUCACUUUCAGCAACGGAAAGAUCAGCCUGGAAGUCACAUUGGACAAGGAGAUCUACUACCAUGGCGAAAAGAUCUGCGCUAACAUCAUUGUCUCCAACAACUCCAGGAAAUCUGUUCGCAACAUCCGGUGCAUGGUUGUACAGCAUGUCGAAAUCACCAUGAUCAACUCUCAGUUCAGCCGCCACGUCGCAUCUUUGGAGAGCCGUGAGGGUUGCCCCGUUACUCCCGGAGCUAGCCUGUCCAAGAGCUUCUACCUCGUUCCCCUUGCUCGUAGCAACAAGGACAUUCGCGGAGUGGCUUUGGACGGACACCUGAAAGAGGACGACGUCAACCUUGCCAGCUCUACCCUGGUCACUGAGGGAAAAUGCCCAGCCGAUGCUAUUGGUAUUGUGGUAUCAUACUCCGUCCGCGUGAAGCUGAACUGUGGAACUCUUGGUGGCGAACUGGUCACCGACGUGCCCUUCAAGCUCCUCCACCCAGCUGAGGGAUCAACAGAGAAGCAGCGUUUCAACGCCAUGAAGAAGAUGCAGUCAAUUGAACGUCACCGCUAUGAAAACUCUCUGUACACCAACGAGGAGGAAGACAACAUUGUCUUUGAAGACUUCGCUCGCCUCAGGAUGAACGAGCCAGAAUAAAAUGUGGGUCGUCUAGGAACAAAAAGCAAAAAAAAGGAAAAAAAUAUCUAAAAAAAAAACAAAAAAAAUACACGUAACCAAGCAAGUUAACCACGUAACUAAUCUACUUAAUCGGGCUUACAUUGGCAUCCCUUAUUAGUAUACAUUAUUUAGAAGUUUAUUUGUGUACUAUCAUAGUCAUUAUAAUUAUAUAAAUAAUAUAAUUAUAGCUUAACAUCUAUUAAAUUGUGAGGCAAAUAUGUAUAUUCUGAAAUCACCCUUCAUUCAUGUAACCUACCUUGUUAAAAUUAAAUAAAAAAUAUCACCAGA